AUACUGUAAUCAGAUGAGGGGACAGCCCUGAGUGAGCAUCGCAACCACUCUGCGUCUUUCCUGCAGCUCCCCUGUCAGUCCUGCUCUCCAGCAUCUUCUCCUCCGAGCACGAUGGCCAAGCAGACCCUCAUCCUCACUCUGUGGCUCCUGGCUGGGAGCCUCUUCGCCGAGGCAACCUACUACCGCCACCACCGCUACAUCCCGCACUUCUUCCGCUACAGGGAGCCCUCCACCAACACAGAGAACCUCCUCCCAGACGUGGCGAACCCGGGGCCCGAGGUCUCGCAGUCCGGUGUCCCGAGCUACCCCGACGUCCCCGAGGUGAUCCACCCCAUCCCAGGGGCGUUCAACCCGGUGCCCGAGGUCGUGCAUCCGGCACCUGACACCCAUCACCAGACGCAGGUGCUGCAGCCCUUCCCCGAGGCGCCCUCCGCCGACAGAAACCGCGACAGCCGGGUUUUCUACGGGAUCAUGUUUGACGCGGGGAGCACCGGCACCAGGAUCCACAUCUACAAGUUCAUUCAGAAGGAUCCCGUUGAGCUGCCUGUUCUGGACAAUGAAAUGUUCCACGCAGUGAAACCUGGACUGUCUGAAUACAAGGACAACCCUGAGGAGGGUGGGAACACCAUCCGCCAGCUGCUGAAGAUCGCCAAAAAGACGGUGCCAGAGGAGGAGUGGAGGAGGACCCCGGUGGUUCUGAAGGCCACGGCGGGUCUGCGUCUGCUGCCCUUGGAGAAGGCCAACGCUCUGCUGCAGGAGGUGCAAGAGGUAUUUGAAGAAUCGCCUUUCUUUGUGCCAGAGAACAGCGUUUCAAUCAUGAACGGAGCGAAUGAAGGAGUCCUCGCCUGGGUCACAGUGAACUUUCUCACAGGCCAUUUGUACUCCAACACCAGGAGGACAGUGGGGAUUCUGGAUUUGGGUGGUGGAUCCACCCAGAUCACUUUCCUUCCAAAGUCAAAGAAAACGAUUCAAGUUGCUCCACCGGAUUUCACAGCCAAAUUCAACUUGUUCAACCAAACAUAUGAACUCUACACACACAGCUACCUUGGAAAUGGACUAGUUGCAGCCCGUCUCGCAACUCUUGGAGCACUAGGAGCUGAUGGACUGGAUUGGAAAGUCUUCACGAGUUCCUGCCUCCCGAAAAAAUACAGAGAAGAAGUGAAAUUUGGAGGGGACAGCUAUAAAGUUAGCGGGAUUCCAGGCGGGUAUGCAGGCUAUAAACUGUGCUACUACGAAGUCAUGAGGGUCGUUAAGGGCAAUUUUCACCAGCCGUACGAAGUGAAAGGCAGCAGCGUCUUCUACGCUUUUUCCCACUACUUCGACAGAGCUGUGCAGACCGGCCUCGUCAGCAGUCUAGGUGGUGCCGUUGAGGUCAGGGACUUUAAGAAGAAAGCCAAAGAAGUGUGCAACAAAAUGACCAAAUACCGUGCCAUCAGCCCCUUCCUCUGCAUGGACAUGACUUACAUCACUUGUCUGCUAAAGGAGGGCUUCGGCUUCAAGGACAGCACUGUGUUGCAUCUGGCCAAGAAGGUGAACAACGUGGAGACCAGCUGGGCUCUGGGGGCCACCUUUGACUUCUUCAGGAACUUCAACAUCCACCAAGACUAGCUGCAGUCGCUGCCGCUGGCACUGAAAGGGACAGUCUGUCACUGUGGGGCUUCCUUCCCUCUGACCACCCCCCUCUCCUUGUUUCUUCACCAAGCCUCAAACACCCUACAAACACUAAAAGAACUGUUUUUUUUUAAAAAAAAAAAAGAAGAAGAAGAAAUCACUAUAUUUUUAUAAGGCCAGCUUUUUCUACUGUAUGUCGAGCUCAUUGUCGAUGGGUUCACUUAUUUUUUUGUCAAACGUUUACAUGUUUUCUUAAGGGGGGUGCGGACCUGAAAUGUCUUUCUGGCCAACCUGUAAAGGGUACAGAGGGGAACUUUGGAGGCAGUGAUGGGAGCCGCGGUAUUUUGGUGCUUACUGUGGUCCUGGUGUGCGCCGUGCAGAACAGUGGAAUAAAUUUAGACACUAGUUGCUGGAGCCGUAACCACAAUUGUCUUACUAAAUGCUUGUAAAUCUCUUCUCUCUUUUUAAUUCUUGCUGUAAAUGUUUUUUUUUUUUUUUUUUUACAGGGUCCUAGUUAAUUUGCUCUUACCAUUAGACAAGUAAGACAUCAUCGGAAACAGAGCAGACAACUACCAAACAGCUUCUUUUUUUUCCUCAACAUAGCACAAAACACUUUAACUGCUGUUAUUGCAGCCGAGACAUGAAUAUUUGUUUUGAUUUUCUCUACAGGGUUGUAUAUAUUUAUCAUUAGUUUUUUUUUUCUAAAUAGACAGGAUGCUGUAAUGAAAUGGCUUUAACAUUUAGUGAAACGGUAUAGUCUAUUCUAUUAUGAUCUGGAAUGAAGAGGAGUUUUUGACCAUAUUUUAUUGUGAGUUAAGAAACCACUCAUCGAGGAUCCAGCAGCAUCAUCUGCCACAAUUUAUUAACACAUAGACUCAAAAAAAAAAAAUGUUUGGAAACUAUUCUUUCUCUGCUGUUUGUGAAUUGUACAAAUAUUUAAAUAGUUGGAACUUUGUUAUUUUUAAUUAUACUUACUCAAUAACUCUUUGUGUUACUGCUCUCAAAUGCCUUCAUACAAUGUUUUUUCAUUAUCCACCAUACUCAGUUACUACUGCUGUACAUACACAAUGUAAACUUAGUGAAACUGUUUUUUUUUCAAUAAUAUGCAUUUACAUCAUAAAAUGUCAUGCCGCACAAUUGCCAAGAAAUAUUUGUCAGUAUGAAAAGUCUGAUGCCUGAUUAUGUGUAAAUAGUUUUUAAUAAAUGUUGUGACAGUAAGCAAACAGGUGUGUUUUAAUAAAACAUGAAAAUGUG